AUGGCUUCUGUCAGUCAGACAAAGGCGAAUCAGUUUUUGCCUUGAAAUGAAAUCAAAUUAGGGAAAGGUAGCGGGAGAGUCGGACAUCGUCCUGUUUUGCUGGUUGAUGUCAGGCGACGGGGAUUAAAGGGACGGAAACACUGUCAGUCGAGUGGAAUAAAUGCUGUGGUGCACGGAGGCCCCGCACGCGCACAAUCAGAAUGUCCCAUUAUACAGAUGAGCCUCGUUUUACCAUUGAGCAGAUCGACUUGCUGCAGAGGCUACGUCGGAGUGGCAUGACAAAGCAAGAGAUCCUGCAUGCUCUAGACACCCUUGACCGGCUGGACCGCGAGCAUGUGGAGAAGUUUGGCCAUCGGCACGCUCACGGUGGGACAUCCGCCAUCAAUCAUGGCAACAGCAGUAACGCCACCACCUCUUCCAACUCCUGCACUACCUCCUCCAACAACCUCACAGCCUCUUCUUCAACGACCUCUACAGCCACGCAGACGGGUUACCGUGGCAAUGGCCUCUCCCCGUCUCCGAGCAACAGCUAUGAAACCUCCCCUCCGCCGACCGCCCCCACCUCUAUGCCAGUUGUAGCACCCCUGGUCCAAAAUGGACGGGACGCCCUCGCCGCUAUGUCCAAUGGGAAACUCUCGCCACCCCGCUUCACUGUUAGCAACGUCACCUCACGGGCCUUUCCAUUUGAGCCCCCCGAUGAGGAAAUGGACAUUGAUGACCGGGUCGAGGAGCUCAUGAGAAUGGACAGUGCUAUAAUUAAAGAAGAGAUUAAAGCGUUCUUGGGGAACCGGCGAAUAUCACAGGCAGUAGUUGCCCAAGUGACAGGUAUCAGUCAGAGCAGGAUCUCUCAUUGGCUUCUCCAACAGGGCUCAGACCUCAGCGAGCAGAAGAAAAGAGCUUUCUACCGCUGGUACCAACUGGAGAAAACCACACCUGGUGCGACGCUAGCGAUGCGUCCCACACCGAUGGCCCUGGAGGACAUUGUGGAGUGGCGUCAGACUCCUCCACCCAUCAGCAGCACGCAGGGCAGCUUCCGUCUGCGGCGCGGCAGCCGCUUCACCUGGAGGAAAGAGUGUCUGGCCGUCAUGGAGAGUUACUUCAAUGACAACCAGUACCCAGACGAAGCCAAACGAGAGGAAAUUGCCAACGCCUGCAAUGCAGUAAUUCAGAAACCAGGGAAGAAGCUUUCAGAUCUUGAGAGGGUCACGUCUCUGAAAGUUUACAACUGGUUCGCCAACAGACGGAAGGAAAUUAAGAGAAGAGCUAACAUAGAAGCAGCAAUCCUGGAGAGUCAUGGAAUUGAUGUCCAAAGCCCGGGAGGUCAUUCUAACAGCGACGAGAUCGAUGGAAAUGACUACGGUGAACCGGUAGCUGCUGACCAAGUUUUGGGAAUGGACGACAACACUGGCCCGAAUGAGCACCAGGACCCCAUUGCUCUGGCAGUAGAGAUGGCCGCCGUCAACCACAGCAUUUUGGCGCUGGCCCGACAAGGCGGAUCAGCCAGCGACAUCAAGACAGAAGUGCUGGACGACGAGUGAAACGCAGCGCUGUCGUCAGGGGGGAGGGGGCGGGGGAUGCUGAACGGAGAAAUGUGGGGUUACCGAAAUACAGCCAAAACAGAACUGUGAGAAGUCUGGCCCGGUCACGGAUGACCAAAGUGAACGCGGAGGUUUCUAAAGACUGUUAACCCAACAUUCCCCUCUUCCUUCUCCUCCUCCUCCUCCUCCUCAUUAAGGAGGUGCUGCAUUCAAACUGAUGAUGAAACGCGUUCACUUAAAAAACGUCACGCCACACAUCACCCUGCCAUCUCACACUCGGAUAGUGAAUUUUUGCCUCUCAGUUUCUCCUUCUUUCAGGAAGUCUUCUUUGCAGGAUAUAUAAGAGGUCAGGAUCAUAACGAAAUGCUCACUGCCUCGCUCUCUCCAGGGAAAGUGUGAUGGGAAGCGAAUUCUCUCUCACUUCUUAACUUAUUUCUUUUAUGUAGGUGCGGUCCUGCGGAGCUCAAAUGGAAAGUUCGAACUUGUACGGUUGUCAUCAGGGUCCAGAAUAAACACUCGCUUGCUGACUAUUCGCAAGUAUAUUUAAAAAAAAGAUAAUGGCUAGUUAGUAAGUCUUGUUGACAUAUGAAACAUGUUCAUUGCACACUGAGUCUGACUAUUUUGAUGUUUAGAAGUUUUUGUGAAUUCAAAAUUUGCGAGGUUUAUUUUGCUAGCGCACAUUGCUGUGCAAGGUAAUCCACUGAAAAAAAAAUAGUUUUGGUAAUCAAAGUCUGAGGAUUUGCUUCUGCGUUUGUAGUGGUGGUGCUUUUCUGAUGAUGUCAGAUUGACUGCUUCAGCCAUGAUAUUUUUAGCCACGCCCCUCUUACCGUUAGUUUGCUAUGAGGGAAUGAGGCGCGAAAAGAAAGCCCCACCCCCUUCUCAGUCAUGUUUCAGUCGGAAAUACAGUUGAAGUCAGAAUUAUUAUCCCUCCUGAAUUAUUAGCAACCCUGUAUAUAUUUUUUUACCCAAUUUCUGUUUAAAGGAGAGAACGUUUCUUCAACACAUUUCUAAACAUAAUAGUUUUAAUAACUCAUUUCUAAUAACUGAUUUAUUUUAUCUUUGCCAUGAUGACAGUAAAUUAUAUUUGACUAGAUAUUUUUCAACAUACUAGUAUUCACCUUAAAAGUGACAUUUAAAGGCUUAACUAGGGUAAUUAGGUUAACUAGGCAGGUUAGGGUAAUUGGGCAAGUUAUUGUAUAAUGAUGGUUUUUCUGUAGACCAUGGAAAAAAUAUUGCUUGAGAGGGCUAAUAAUUUUGACCUUAAAAUGGUUUAAAAAAAAUAAAAACUGCUUUUAUUCUAGCCGAAAUAAAACAAAUAAGACUUUCUGUAGAAGACAAAAUAUCAGACAUGCUGUAUUAUCAGACAAAAAUUCCUUACUCUGUUAAACAUAAUUUGGGAAAUAUUUAAAAAAAAAAAAAAAAAAAAAAAAAAAAAGAGGAAAGGAAAAAAAUCACAGGAGGGCUAAUAAUUUUGCCUUCAACUGUACAAUAGUUAUACUGAAAUAAAAGUCUCCGCAACAUUGAAAAAUAAAGAUGUCUCAGAAAAAUUAAGAAAAUUAAGAAAAAUCCUGAUCCAAGGUUUUUUUUUCUGAUUUUCAUAAAUUUUUUUCCCAUCUGUAGCAACAGUUUUGAGAGGUGUUUUGACUAUUCAGAGCCAAAUUAAAAAAAAUAUUUAGCAAAAAUUUGAAAUGCCGUCUCAGCACCUUUACUCUCAGCACAGAGCACUUUAUGACAAACAAAGUAUGAAAUAUAAGGACAGAUUGUGAUGGGUGUUUGAGAAACACUGCUGUAGCCGCUUGUAUAUUGGUUUUGAUGCCUGGUGCAUGCAGCACGCUUUUCCCAAGCCACUAUUUGGUGUGUGUCUCUCCAUACCUUUGACAUAAUGGCAGUCUCUGUUCAGGAUCAUUUCAAUUGACACAAUAUUUCCAACAAAUCAUCGCUGUGUGAAGACCCCGUUUUGCAAUUGAUUGCAAUGGAUUCAUCAAUACACAUUGGACUCAGUGUGCAAGGUUUAUGUGCAUGAUUCAUUAUUAGGAUAACCAUUAAAAAAAUGUAUUUAAUCGAAGUUAUCUGCUCUCUAAAUUUUAAGUUUUUAGGGCAGAAUUAAAUAUUCAGUUUUUUAUGUUCUAAAUAUUGGGGCAAGUGUAUAUGUGUUCUAUAUGUAUACAGUAUAUACACAUACACACACUGAGAAACAAUAACUUUAAAGUGGUCUUUUAUUAUUUUCCUAGAGCUGUAUACCCAUGUAAAUCUGCUUUUCAAUUGGAAAACAAGUUGGACCAUUUCAAUUUAGGCAUUUUGGUAUUACUUCAUUUUGAUUGUGCCUUUUACACAUUUUGUUGACUAUAAGUUACAUUGCAUCUACAUGCCAAAGAAUUCUCUUUAGAGUAUUAGUAGACUGUCUGCUUAAUAUCUGCUGAUAAAGCUCCACCAGCAGACAUUCAACUGACUAUAAGAAACUUUGCAAGUACAUGUCAACUUAGACUAACCCCAACCUUAGUCUACUAAAACUCUAAUGAGAAUCAGUUGCCAUAUAGUUUCAAUGUGCCUUAUAAUCAACAAAAUGUGUUUAAGGGACCAUCAAAAUAAAGUGAUACCUGCGUUUGUGUGUCUAAAAACAGCUUAGGACCAUGUGCAAUAGAAUUGAACAAAACACAUUUUAAUUUAAAAUAGUUUUUUUAAAUAACAAACUUUUAAAUAAGUUACUUUAAUUUCAUGUCAUCUGAAACGUGUCUGAGACAUUCACAAAAAUAGUGCAAUACACAGAGAAACAGCACUUUUUAUUGUGUCUUCUGAAAGUGUAGCAUGCUAAUUAAAGCAUCAGAUUAAAAUAUCUAAAUAUAAAACAGUAUUAAACAUAAUACUUCCCUGCGGAUUAAGAAAAAAAGGAUUGUUGGAUGAUUAUUCUUCCCUUUGCUAAUAUAAAUGUGUAUUGUUUAAGUUUUUUUUGUAUAUGCAAACCUGUUCCCUAGUUUCUUUGUAACGCAAAACAUCUUCAUUAUCAUUGAGAGUAUAAUAGCUUCAAUAAAACAUGUUUAUUUUUUUUACCAGUAUUAAAUAUAUGUAGCUGUGAACCUGGCAAACAUUAUUCUGGACUCUGGUUGUGACCGUAAAAGUUGCGUAGGACUGUUGUUUGCAGUACCAUAACCGACCUGCUGGCUUCAGCAGUUACGUAUUGCACUUUGAAUUCCCAGCGGCCACUUAUGUUUGCGUUCCUGCCGCUACACAACUGUGCAUAUCUGCAGGGAGGCGUCGAAGGUUGUCUGAAAUGGACGCCUACAGUACUCGUGAAGAUUGUGCCAUUAUAUUUCAGCAUUAGCAGACUAGGAAAAAAUCAGCCGGGCUCUUCUGUGGGCCUCUGGAAAAAGCAAUCAGCCGUUUAUUGGAACGUACAGUAUCUAUAUAUGUAUAACCUCAAAGUGUUCUGCUCAGCCAAUAACUGUGCGAAUGUUUCAGCAGCACGCGGCUGGAAAAAAACAAACGUUGUAGCAUUGGGGGUUUUCUUUUGUCUCAGCGAACGGGAAAAACACUUGACAAUCAGGGUGACGACGUUCCAGUAGAAAAACCUGUUGGUGUUUGCCCACGUGUCGAUAAUAUGGGGUUGCUCUGGAAAGUGAUGAUAAACUAAAAGUCCUUCCAUAGGGAUUGAUGAGCGUUAUUUCCCAAAUUAAAGUGGAUUUAACCACUCUAAUAAAUAUCCCAAUGUAAUUGCUUGUUUGUUGAAUAAUGUCACUUUAUAUAAGGGGGAGGGUUUUGGUGCUUUGGGUUCUGUGCCCUAACACACAGUCAGGUGAAAAUGUUAAGACACAUGAUUUUUCAUAUCAGGAUGUAAAACUAACAAAAUAUAUGGUCCUUGACAUGUCUUACAACUUCAAAGAUAAAACCCCAGAUGAACAACAUCACAUGACAUCAAACAUUAGCCCCUUUUACACAGUGAUACCGGUAAAUAUCCGGAAAAUUACCAGAACGACUUUACCAGUAAAUUCAAAAGAGCGCUGUUCACACAGGCAAAAACGUUCCGGAAUUUUUCCAAAAUUCCAAAAUACCGGUAAAUUCUAAACAGCUGCGCUUUUACUUGUAAACACAGAAAGGGUCUGGCUUUUAUUGAUGGUACUAAUAUGGGUGUGUGCUGGUGGUCACCAGCUGCUUCACGUGCACACGCGGCAGAGCUUGAAGGUAAACAAACAGCGGUUUAUCAUAAGCAUUUUAUCGAUAAUUUUUUUCACAAUUGCAUUAAGAAGGAACAUACAGUAGAAAUGUUAUCUGACUAACAUCUAGCAGCUAAAUGUGUCUGGAAAAAUAUUCAAAGGCUUUUAUUUUCAUAAACAGCGCAGAUGUCAAUGUGUCUGAAUGUUCUGAUUGGCUGGAGCAGACGUCUCGCAUCAGCACGUUCUAAUCGUGAACGUGCUCUUUCCAGCUAUUUUCUUUCUGUGUUCACAUUCCGGCAAAUUACAACUUCUCUUUCCGGAAAACGUACCGAAUUUACCGGUAUUUUCAAAAAGGGCCUGUUCACACAAACACACCUUUUCGGAAAAUUGCAGGUAAUUUUUCAGAAAGGUCUGUAUGUGUGAAAGGGGCUAAUGUGUCAUUUAUUUAUUUACAAAAACAAAGCCUUGAUACACUGUUAAAACACACAAUUCGAUUAAGUUAACUUCAUCGUUUUUACAAAUUUAGGUGGAUUGAACAUAAAACAAUUAAAAAACAUAACAAUUGUGUUGUUUCCACUAACUGUAAAGAAGUUUUUUUUUUUUUUUGGAAUGUAGAAAAGUGAUUAGUGACAAACUUCGGAAACCCUAAAAAGAAUGAUUUUCUCAUCGGGUAGCGUUUACACGAAUGCAUUCUUAGUGUCCAGCAUCUUUGACCUGCAAUAAUGCUGCACGUUCUGUUUCAGUGUAGACAGACUAAAACGCAGACUUUUGAAACGUUUGUGUGGCUAUUCACGAUCACUCUCUGUCUGCUCUUCUGCGUUUUCAAUCUAAAAUGACGUUUUACAACAAACACGCACUAGUGUAAAUGACUCCUCAUUCUCCAAUCAUUCAAGAGGUUUUCUGUUUUGCACAGCUCUCACCACAGCAUUUCAGGUGCGUUUACACUAGUGCGUUUUCAUUUUAAAAGGUUUGUUACUGUUACUGCACAUUUCCACUGGCACGUUGAGAUCAUUUUAUUUUAUUCUUAAUGCAAAUGUCCAGCAAAAAAUGUCAAGUGGCAACCAAUUGCUGUGAAAAGUAGGCAAGGCAAGAUGUUGACAUGUUUUCGAGUGUUUGCGGAACUGGAUUGCUGAGCUGAAAUCACUUACAUAAAGCUUCUAUGAGAAUGUGUUCUUUAACACUUGCAGUUUUCACAAACAUCUUGAACCAUGUAUGCCUGUGUGUUUAUGUAUUGAUCCCUUGCGUGUUUUAAAAUGUAAACGCUAUCUUCCACAUGAUUAAAACUGGCAAGUUCAGCUGUAAAUUUGACGCCUCAGAGCCGUGGCAUUGUAGCGUUGCCAGUAGCACUGAGUGCAGAGCUUUAACACCAUUUUGAAAUCGUACCAUUACACCUGGUGUCCACAGAUUUGGUCAACCCCCUCUUAUAUGACCAGUAUACGACCAGUAGACAGAUGCUGGCAAAAUACAGACAUGCCCAGUGAGUUUGUCAUGAGCCAUGUAUUUCAGACCGUAUAGUGAUGGCUGAGAUCGUUUUACUGAAAAAACACCAGUCUGGACGAUGAGUGUUUUCAUUCUGAAACGUCAUUUUAAAAUGAUAAUGCACUGGUGUAAAUGAUCCCUCAUUCAGGAUGAGAUUACUUUGAUUGGACUAUUACAACCUUUUUUUUUUUUAUCUUCAAACAAUUAUUUUUUUGCUGUGCUUGGGAUCAUUGUCUUGUUGUAUGACCCAAUGUUGACUGAGUUUUAGCUAUGGGACGGGCAUUGUGUUCACACACCUCCAGACCAACCAAACUGCUAAACAUUUCUGCUGAUCAUCAUUUCAGGUAUUUGAUUAGCUAUUAAAUUGACUUUUGCUAAUGCUAUAUGUGACCCUGGACCACAAAAGCAGUCUAAUGUUACACGGGUCUAUUUUUGGCAGCAACUUAAAACACAUUGUAUGGGUCACAAUUGUUGAUUUUUCUUUUAUGCCAUUAGAAAGUUAAAGGGGACCUAUUAUGCCUCUUUUUUACGAGAUGUAAAAUAAUGGUGCUUUCACACCUACACUUUUGUUCUGAAAGCUUGUGCGUUUCUACAGUUAGCAUAGUUCGUAGGAUAUAUGUGACACCAGCAAUCGCACUCCGAUCUGGACCAAAACAAUCGGUCCAAGAUCACCUGAAUGGGGUGGUCUCGACUGGAUUGAAAUGAACUCUGGAGCAGAUCGAUUGUAGUGAGAACGCAAUACGGUCCAACAAACUAGGCUAUAUGACAGUGUGUUAUGGAUAUGUAAUAGGCAUAUAUACGGCUAUAUAAAGCGGGACUCUAAAAAAAAACCGUGGAACUCUGACCAAUGUGAUGAAAGUUUACUUGCACGUGACUUGUUUUAGCUAUUUUGCUCCGUUUAGAAACUUGGCCUUGUGAAAGCAAACCGCACCAGGAACAAAAAAGACCAUUGUAACAUAUUUAAUCCCUGUUUCAGAACAAAAUAAUCGAUGUGCACCCUUAAGGGCAUCACACACCGGAUGCGUCGCUCGUGGCUGCGCGCACAUGACAGUUGGAAGUAUCGCACACCAGACGCGCACAUUCGCAUGCUAUUUAAAAUGAAACUAAUCAGAUGGCGUUCUGUGGCGCGGCAGAAAUAUGAACCGUGUCCUGAGUCGUGGCUGGGCGCCGCCGACAGUGACAGAUCCAAAACAGGGCUAACGUUAUCUGUGUGAAAAAAACUGACAUUAUCUUCCACCAUUUCACCAGUGGGUGAAAACUCUAAUGGUGGACGAUUGUUUCUCACUUAGGGCUGUUUGUUAAUGAUGGAGAGAUCGCCACAAAUGGGCGGUGCUUUCCUCCUCUGACAUGUACAAAAGGAGAAUGUCAAUCAAAGUGUUUCUGCUGACUGUAAAGUGUGAUUAUAAAAAAUAGAAUUUCACACACCGCUGCCACUCAACUGUGUUUAAACCCUAUAUAAAAGUGAUUUUUGCAUAAUAGGUCCCCUUUAGGUACCAUGAAGGUAUAUGGUACAUUUUUAACUGUAAAUAAAACAAAGCUCAAUUAUUGAUUAGUGAUUUACAUAUCUAAGCACUUCAGUUUUAAAUGAUAUUCUUAACAUUUAAGAUCUUUUCUUUUUAGAUCCCAGUUUUUCAAAUAGUUGUAUCACAGCCACACAUUGUCCUUUUUUUUUUUGACUGGUUUCGUGGUCCAGCGUUACAUGUUGUUCUUUUGAGGUUUUAAUUUCUACAUUUUAGGACCUGCCAAAGAUCAGAAAAUAUCUUGAUGUGGGGAAAAAAAAGUGUAAUUUCAUAGUGUGUCCAAACAUUUUCACUUGACUGUACUUUUAUUUUGUUCCCGUGUCUCUGGUACUGUUUGAGAGAUAGAAAAGAGGGAUGGACUCGUUCAGGUUAUUUUUCUUUGUGCUUCAGAAUUGAAAUAUGGUGCUUGUUAAAAAAAAAAAAAAGGGGGCAGGAGAUGCUAACCACACGUUCUCUUUUACAGUCUUUCCUCUUUGCCUUUUAGGAAGCUGCUUUCUGUGUGAAAUGCACAUCAUCGCAGUCACAAAUAAGCUUUUUUUUUUUUACUUCUCAAAAUAGCUAUCGGAUGACAAACCUGUGAAAAUGAUCAGCUGCUUCAAAAGUUCUCUCAGACUGUCUGAAAUUUGAGCAUUUCAACUCAUAAACACACAUUUGUUCCUAUUGAGCGUGGAUCGAUCGCACACUAGCUAACAAACAAGCCGAAUGUGAGU